UUGUUGAUUGUAUGGUUUUCACUUUGUUCGGAUGCAAUAACUUGUCCUUUAAAAAAGACAAAAGUGAGAUUAAGUUCCAUAACAAUGGGAUGGAGGGAUUUACUAAUGGAGAAACAUUUAUUUUCUGAUUUAAGCAUAGAAACAUAGAUCUUAUUGGCUGUUACAUGUUUUUCACCUCUACUAGAGAAUUUAGUUUAUAAAUCUAUUAAUAUGAAGUGAUGAUUCCAUUAUGUAACUCCGGAGAAAAAGGAAGUUUGAACAUACUUAUUUGAUUUCUUUGGAUAAGCCUGCAGUUCUUUAGUAUGGAAGUAUAGACGUUGGAAAUAUUAUAUCUUCUUUUUAAUGGUUAAAUUUACUCCCUCUGUCUGGAAUUGAAUGACUUGAUUUACUUCUGCUGUCGUUUUACACCAUAAGCUUUUGAGACCACAUCUGACCAAAGUUGAAGAGCAGUAGCAGGGCGGGGGUUUCCGAGGAAUACAAGUAACCUCCUAGUUUUUUAAUAUUUGGAGAGUAUCUGGAAUAACUAGUAAACUUACAACUUUGUGGAGACCUGUGAUUUUGGUAAACAGUUGUCUCGAACUGGUCAAUAUGAUACGUUCAUAAAAAAAAUUCGAUUCAUACGGAUUCUUCCCCCAACUAAGGAAGAGAUAUUGGCAAAAUUGAGUUAUUUAUACCAAGUAUUCUUCUUACGGUUAGAUUUAAUCUCUUGGUCCCUACGGAAAGGAAAAUUAUUUAGAUAUGUUGUCGAUAGGGAAUUAGAUCUAAAACUUCUUUUUUGGUAAAUGUUCAAUUUUCAUGAGAUCGUCUUGACUGUUAUUCAAAAUGUCCAAAUCUGUCUAUAUUGUGAUGUUGGGACUUGCGAGAAAUAAUUCCUCCACUUCUUGUGCAAUUGGUAAUUUCUAUUUUCAAGUUAUGAGUUACAAUUAAGAAAAUUUGAAAUAUAAUUAGUUUGCAAUUUAAACAAAGUGCAGAUCUCUUGUAUAUAUGUGAUCUUUAGUAUAUUUGCAUGAAGACUGAACUUAAUAAGCAGCCAUGGAGCCCACGCAAAAAGUGUGGUUAAAAAUGUAUGGGAAGUGGGUCCUACUCAAAUUAAGAUAUAAUUAAGGAAAUCACAUAUAUGUGGCUUAUUUAACUUUGUGGGCUAAAGGCUUAUAUUUGCCAAAAUGCUUUAUUGUUGAAAUUAUUUUUGAAAUUUGUAAUUAAAUCUGAUUAGAUGUGGAAGAGGAAAGAAAGAAUUUCAAAUCUUUGACAUAGAUGAACACAGUAAUUUUGUUUUGCUUACCAAUAAACUCAAAGAUCCGAAUAAAAUGAUUCUUUUUUAUAUAGGGAACGUAUAUGAGAUCUUAAGGGGGCCUUCUAUCGCCAUCAAGGAACAAGCAGAGAAUGUUAGUAGAAGCAUAUCUUGUAUUCAAUUGCACUAAUGUUUCAUUUUUAACAUAUUAUUAAUAAUGGUAGGGAUUUUUUUUUUCCAUCUACAAAAGCCUUCUUCCCCACCCCAGUGGACAUUUAUCAAAUACUAACUGCAAUAUUUGGAAGAAAUUCUUUUAAACAACCCUAAAAACGAGGAAAGAAGCAGUUGAAUAUCAAAAUGAUGCAACCAACAGAACACUACCAAUUUUGAGCACAACGUGAAAAGUAGAAAAAAGAGAAUGAAAAUUAUAAUUUAAAGAGUGAUUAUACAUGUAUACUAAGGUAGCAAAGUGGAUCAUGCUAGCAUCGCACUAUUUGUUUCACUCAACUUAUGGUAUUGAGAUGAUUUCCAAAUAUCACUGACAGAUAUCUAGUGAUCCAAGUUGUCCAUGUUAGCAAAUUACCAUACUACUACCACCUAUUUCAGCGAAUUUCGCAAACCUUGAUGUCUCAUAGCAGGCCUCAUUUCUAACUAUAUGUAUUAACUUCAAGGAAAAUUCAAUUUUCAGGCGUGUUCUUCUUUGGUCUUAGAAGGGCCGACUGUUUAAGUAGUUCUACAGUAGAUGUUGAGAUUCAAGUUUGUUGACAAAAAUAUCCACAUAUCAUCUAGAUUUGAAACAUAGUAGUGAAAGGUCUAAGUUCUUGAUAUUAGCUUUAAUGCAUCUAUGCCCUCCAUCCUCCCUCAAGCCCUGCUGUGGCUGCCUCCACCUGUUUCUUUAAGUUAUUUCAUGGUACUGCUUUACUCUUUCUUGUUAGGAUUGACAAAUGGUGGGUCCUUUCUGACAAUUGUGAAACUGGUUACUAUGAGACAUACAUCAAUUCUAUUUAUGACUAACUGUACAUAAGUUACACAUUAUUUGUUUUCUUGUACCUCAUUUUGUAGGAUUUUUGCAAUCAGCAAUAUCUAGUCAAGUUCUUCCAUUAACCAAUUUAUUUUGAGUGUACUGAAGAAUGGCAGAUGGAAUAUCAAGCUUUUGGGGGCCUGUCACAUAUACGCACAAGUGGUGUGAGCCAAAUUAUGUAUAUUCUUCCUAUAUUGCCGAAUUUUUCAACCCCAUGUCUAAUGUACCGGGCAUUAUAUUAGCACUCAUUGGUCUUGUGAAUUCCCUGAGACAGCAUUUUGAGAAAAGGUUUAGCAUCCUUCACAUAUCAAAUAUGAUACUCUCCAUCGGCAGCAUUUUAUAUCAUGCCACGUUGCAGCGUCUGCAACAGCAAAGUGAUGAAACACCUAUGGUGUGGGAAAUGCUUUUAUAUAUUUACAUCCUAUACUCACCAGAUUGGCAUUAUCGGAGUACAAUGCCCACAUUUUUGUUCCUCUAUGGGGAAGUUUUCGCUGUUGCACAUUCACUGCUCCGCUUUGAUAUUGGUUUUAAGGUGCAUUAUCCGCUGCUUUGUCUUCUUUGCAUUCCUCGGACGUACGAGUAUUACAUUUACACAGACAACAAAUCCGCUAAGCGGCUUGCAAAGUUGUAUGCCGUCACUUUUUCUGCUGGAAGCCUCUGCUGGCUAGUUGACCGUCUUUUCUGCAAGGAUAUCUCACGCUGGUUCUUCAAUCCACAGGGUCAUGCAAUGUGGCAUGUUUUCAUGGGUUUGAACUCUUACUAUGCAAAUACGUUCUUGAUGUACUGUCGUGCUUAACGGAAUGGGUGGGAUCCAAAAGUCAAGCACAUUUUUGGAUUUUUCCCCUACGUGAAGAUUCAAAAACCGAAAGCCCAGUAGAACUUACGAAACCAGUGGGUUGCUGGUACAACUCUCUCCUUUUCUUUUCUCCAUUUGAAGAGUACAAUGUAAAUGGUAGCUGGGAAUCAUUAUGGCGGUUAGGAUAGUGGUUAAAUUUUGACCGUAAAACUAACCUGAUGUUCGAUAUUGAUGUACUUGCACAAAAGAU